AUGCCUCGUGGACGCGUUCUUGGCGGUACAAGUGCCUUGAAUUUCAUGGCCUGGAAUAGAGCGCACCGUCACGACUAUGAUGCUUGGGCGGAUCUCGGAAACGCUGGCUGGGGUUGGGAGGACCUCCUUCCUUACUUCCUUCGCAGCGAGACAUUUCACCCCCCCAGUGCUGCCCAUCAGAAAGACUACAAGUCGAGUUAUCAAGCCGAAUUCAAUGGUACCAAGGGUGCGAUUCAGACAACACAUAGCAAGGAAUAUGGCCCAACACACCAGUACUGGCAUGACACAAUGAACGCCCUGAACAUUCCUUCGAGUGAAGAUAGCCUCGCUGGGGCUAACUACGGGGCAUGGAAUAUGGUUUGCAGCAUCGAUCCUAGACAACAGACACGGAGUUAUGCUGCUUCAGCUUACUAUGCACCAAUAGCAUCUAGGAAAAAUUUGCAUGUUUUUACCAACACGACCGUUCUCAAAGUGCUUUUGGAGAAAGACGACUCAGGCUUGAGAGCGACCGGUGCAAGUGUAUGCCAUGACCAGCACAUCGGCGAGCUGAAGGCUAGAAGAGAAGUUAUUCUGAGUGCAGGUACCAUACAAUCGCCACAGCUCUUAGAGAUUUCCGGCAUUGGUGCACGAGGGGUUCUAGAAGCUGCAGGAAUCGAAGUGAAGUUUGAAAAUAAGAACGUGGGAGAGAAUCUGCAAGACCAUAUGAUGUUUGCGAGUAUAUACGAGGUCCUUCCAACCCUAUCAUCUAGGGAUAACAUUAUCGGCAACCCAAUUCUACGCGCCGCCGCCGAUCAUGCUUAUCAGACCUCGCAAACUGGCCCGUGGACUGUACUUCCAUGUUCGGUUGCCUAUUGCUCUGUAUCCGACAUCACGUCAGAAAAAGAACGUUGCGCCUUGAUCUCGUUUUCCAAAGGCCUUGAACAUCAACUUGGAGAUGACUCGAUUAACGCAAAACUGCGGCAACACGUAAAACAGACUCUGAUUCCUACAUCCCAUGGUCGCAUUGAAUACAUCUUCGAUUUGGGGAAUUGGUGUCCGUUCUUCAAGUCAGAUCCCGAUAAAAAGUAUGCAACCAUGCUUCAGAUACUGCAAUAUCCGUUAUCUCAGGGCUCUGUUCACAUCCGAGCCCGAUUAGAUGAGGCCGACUCUGUCAGCGCUGAAGAAAUGCCCAUCCUAGAUCCAAAAUACUAUCUGGGAAUGGGUCAGUUUGACAAGAAGAUAAUGGCCCUGGCACGGAAAUUCGCAGAUAAAAUAUGCCAGACAGAGCCAUUAGCAGGAAUCAUCAAGGGUCGCGUAUUUCCUCCAUUGCCAGAUGAUUCGAACAUAGGAGAUCGCGCAUCUGAUUUGGGGACCAUGAAAAAUGAUGAGACCGAGAAGAACGAACAACUUGACGAUGGCCUAAUGGAAAGGUACACGAUCACUGACUGGCACCCCAUCGGCACAUGUGCGAUGGGCGGUUCAGGAGGCGCACGCGAUGGAGUUGUCGACGAGCAUUUACGAGUCUAUGGCGUACAUGGCUUAAGGGUGAUUGAUGCCAGUAUAAUGCCUCUGCAGAUCGGGGCUCAUCCCCAGGCAACAGUGUACGCAAUCGCCGAGAAGGGAGCAGCUAUGAUCAUAGAAGACUGGAAAAGGACGUGA